CGGGCCGGCACGGCGGCGGGCGCGCGCGGCUCGGGAGGCGGCGGCGGAAGCAGCGAGGGCGGCGGGCGUCCGGCUGCGAGCGCGGCGGCUCCGGGCUGGGCCAGCCAGGGGCGGCUCCUGGCGGCGGCGCGACUGAGUGCUCGUUUCUACGGUUCCAGCCCGUGGUCUCCGUCCCAACGCCUGCGCCGCGCACUCGGCGUCCCGGCUCGGACCCCGGCGCCCAGCCCGUGGCCGUAACCUUGAGGCGGCGGCGGGGCCGGGCCGGGCCGGGCUGGGGGGCGGCGGCACUGGAUCCGAGGCCGGCCGGCCGCUGGCGGGAGAUGUCGAACCCCGGGACCCGUAGGAACGGCUCCAGCAUCAAGAUCCGUCUGACAGUGUUGUGUGCCAAGAACCUUGCAAAGAAAGACUUCUUCAGACUCCCCGACCCCUUUGCCAAGAUUGUUGUGGACGGCUCUGGGCAGUGCCACUCAACCGACACUGUGAAAAACACCCUGGACCCAAAGUGGAACCAGCACUAUGACCUGUACGUUGGCAAAACUGACUCUAUAACCAUCAGUGUGUGGAACCACAAGAAGAUCAACAAGAAGCAGGGGGCUGGCUUCCUGGGCUGCGUGCGGCUGCUCUCCAAUGCCAUCAGCAGAUUGAAAGACACUGGCUACCAGCGUUUGGAUCUAUGCAAACUAAAUCCCUCAGAUACUGAUGCAGUUCGUGGCCAAAUAGUGGUCAGUUUACAGACCCGAGACAGAAUAGGCGGCGGAGGGUCGGUGGUGGACUGCAGAGGGCUGCUGGAAAACGAAGGGACGGUGUAUGAAGACUCAGGCCCUGGAAGGCCGCUCAGCUGCCUCAUGGAGGAGCCUGCCCCAUAUACAGAUGGCACUGGCGCAGCAGCAGGAGGCGGGAAUUGCAGGUUUGUGGAGUCUCCAAGCCAAGAUCAGAGACUCCUGGUACAGCGACUCCGAAAUCCUGAGGUUCGAGGGUCCCUACAGACGCCCCAGAACCGACCACAUGGUCACCAGUCACCAGAGCUGCCUGAAGGCUACGAGCAAAGGACAACAGUGCAGGGACAAGUUUACUUUUUGCACACGCAGACUGGAGUCAGCACAUGGCACGACCCCAGGAUCCCCAGAGACCUUAACAGUGUGAACUGUGAUGAACUUGGGCCACUGCCUCCAGGCUGGGAAGUCAGAAGCACGGUGUCGGGAAGAAUCUAUUUUGUAGAUCACAAUAAUAGGACAACCCAGUUUACAGAUCCACGGCUUCACCACAUCAUGAAUCACCAGUGCCAACUCAAGGAGCCCAGCCAGCCGCUGCAGUUGCCUAGCGAGGGCUCCGUGGAGGACGAGGAGCUUCCUGCCCAGAGAUAUGAGCGAGAUUUAGUCCAGAAGCUUAAAGUUCUCAGGCACGAGCUCUCUCUCCAGCAGCCCCAGGCUGGUCACUGUCGCAUAGAAGUUUCCAGAGAAGAAAUAUUUGAGGAGUCGUAUCGUCAGAUCAUGAAGAUGCGGCCAAAAGACCUGAAGAAGCGCCUGAUGGUGAAGUUCCGGGGGGAGGAAGGUCUGGACUAUGGCGGAGUGGCUCGGGAGUGGCUGUAUUUGUUGUGCCAUGAAAUGUUGAAUCCGUAUUAUGGACUCUUCCAGUAUUCCACGGACAAUAUUUACACACUGCAAAUCAACCCAGAUUCUUCUAUCAACCCUGACCAUCUGUCUUACUUCCACUUUGUGGGUCGCAUCAUGGGUCUGGCUGUGUUCCACGGACACUACAUAAAUGGGGGCUUCACAGUUCCGUUCUACAAGCAGCUCCUGGGGAAACCCAUCCAGUUGUCCGACCUGGAGUCCGUGGACCCAGAACUGCACAAGAGCUUGGUGUGGAUUCUAGAGAAUGACAUCACGCCAGUGCUGGAUCAUACCUUCUGCGUGGAGCACAAUGCUUUUGGGCGGAUUCUUCAGCAUGAACUGAAACCCAAUGGCAGAAAUGUGCCCGUCACUGAGGAGAACAAGAAGGAAUACGUCCGGUUGUAUGUGAACUGGAGGUUUAUGAGAGGAAUUGAAGCCCAGUUCUUAGCGCUUCAGAAGGGCUUUAACGAGCUCAUUCCCCAACACUUACUGAAGCCCUUUGACCAGAAGGAACUAGAGCUGAUAAUAGGUGGGCUGGAUAAGAUAGACCUGAACGACUGGAAGUCCAACACUCGUCUGAAGCACUGUGUGGCAGACAGCAACAUCGUCAGGUGGUUCUGGCAGGCGGUGGAGACCUUCGACGAGGAGAGGCGAGCCAGACUGCUGCAGUUUGUCACAGGAUCCACAAGAGUUCCUCUGCAAGGCUUCAAGGCUCUGCAAGGCUCUACAGGCGCGGCAGGGCCCCGACUGUUCACCAUCCACCUGAUAGACGCCAAUACAGACAACCUCCCCAAGGCCCAUACCUGCUUUAAUCGGAUCGACAUCCCGCCCUAUGAGUCCUAUGAGAAGCUCUAUGAGAAGCUGCUGACAGCGGUGGAGGAGACCUGUGGCUUUGCCGUGGAGUGAAGAGCAGCCAGUGGCCGCAGUCUUGCUCACAACCACCAGACCCAAAGCAUAUGGCGUCUGCACGCCUCCCGCGUGGCGGGUUGAGGCCUGAGAUUCCAGAAACCGAGGGAAAAGGCUCGUCUCCCUCCUCUGGAGAGGGCAGGCCAGGGGACUUUCACAGGUGGCUCCACCCAUUUAUUCUCCUUUAUUAUAGUUAGCCCGCCCUUCCAUCGCCCAUCCAAUAAAUCGCAGCCAGGUUUCGCCCUCAGCCUCCUUGGCAUGGUGGGGAGGCUGUGGUGUCUCCGGGAGCAUCAAUCCAUGGUUAGGAGCAAGCUGGGCCCCUGAGGGUCGGCGUGGUCUCUGUACUCGCCCUCCCGUCUGGUUAUAGCCUCAAAGCCCCCUUUCAAGUUCAGCUCUUACUGAGCUCAAGUUCCAGAGCUGUCACAGGCCCGCAGCCUGUUCAGGUAGCAGGUGGAUUUCUAAGCAGGAGAUAGACAAAUGCACAGCGUCUGCUUGCUGGGACUCCACCGUGGCGGGACACUCGAGGCAAGAUGUGUGUGUUUUCCCCUUUGAGAGGUAAGGGACUGCAGCAGCCUUCACUGGAAGCCCGGGGACUUCUUUUCACAGUAUCCUGGCUGAAAAGAAGGUUUUGCACUGGGGAAAACCUCUUUAAAGUACAGUUUAUUGUUUUCUCUACCCAGUUUGAAAUUACCAUGUCACCGAGCUAAGCAAAGAAUAACCAAAACCAGCCUCCUCAGACCCCAGGGCCCAGCUCUGCUCCUAUGUCUGGGGAUCCCAAGGCUCCUGGCUGUCUUGAAAUGGACUUUUCUAUGGGGAUUGUGAAGAGCUAAACUAACAGAAGAGUUUUGUCACCACAGCCACUGGAUGGAACAGCAGGCGAGGCCGCCGACCUGGGGUCCCCUGAUUCAGCUCCGCAGGGUCGGUGCUGUGCACAAAGCAGAGUGUGAUGGGGCCUGUGGCGGCAGGGCGGGGGCGUUACCUCCUUACAUGGCCCUCUUCCCAGUGGCAGCAGCGAUGCUAACAGCUCAGCUUGCUCGCCCAGUCUUCGUCUUCUGGUGAGCAAGGCCAAAGCCAGCCUCGCCAGCUCUACCACCACAGGGUCCACAGGCGUGGGCGCUUGCAGCAGAGCAGCUGGAUUCAGGCAGCUGAGCUCUGGUGGGAGGCAGGCAGAGCAGCAGCCAUUUGUGCUUUUGUUGUUUUUGUUUGUGGUGGGGGUGAGAACAGGGUAAUUCAUUAGCAAGACAUUUCAUUGGUACCGGGUUCAGGUUCAGCCAGGAAUCCACGCUGUAUGGGAGUGGCUGGGAGUGGCGGGAAGGCCUUGUGGGGCGUCCAUCGGUUGUUUUCUAUUGCUUACCCUCAGGCUGAGGACAGGGAAGCGGCUUCCCUUCUGUUCCUGCUGCUUCUGCCCAGUGUGGUCUGGAAGCAGUGCUGAGGUGAUGGGGAGAGUGCAUUCAUAGCUCGCAUGCACCCCUAACCCAAGAAAGAGCUUCGCCCAGCUUGGCCACUGGCACUACCGAGCGUGAGUCAGCCGCACUCCGGGUUGCCAGGUUUGGGGACAGAAAGGAUGCUAGGUAGACCUCACCACACAAGGACCGAACCCGCCCCACCUCCCAGGCCACCCUGGGGCCUUACUAGUCUCUCAGUUCUGCCUUGCCCCAGUAGGGCUUGUGUACGUCAUCUACCUUCAUGCUCUGAGGUGUUCUAAAACCCAGCUCCCUCAUGACUCGCGGAUAUAAAAGGCGCAAGGAAGCCUGUGCCCUAAGUCUCAGGCAGUCCAGAGGAGGCAGCCAGACCCCACGGAGCACACUUCCUGGAGACUGGAAACCCUGCCUGCUGCCCUCGCACACUGUCCCAGUCUGCAGGGAUGAAGGAAACCAGGGUCCUGUGCUUUGGGGAUGUGCUGCAGGAGUGUCGAGUCCCAUUUCAUGCCGCGGGAGUGAUGGGCCGAGCCUCAGAAGUCCCAUGUCAGAGGCCCUCUGAGGAAGAUGCAGAGAUUGGGCCCUCGGGCCGACUGGUUGGCACACAUACCACCGCUAAGGCUUCUGACAGCCGCUGUGCCUGUGCUGCCUGUGGGUCCCCGCAUUGCCAGUUCUGAGUGUCACAGCCUCCCCAGGUCUGUUCAUGUGCAGCACUGUCCUCCGUCGGGAGCACUGCGCUCCUUGUCUGUCUACCAUGUUAGGCCUCUGACACUACUCAAAGGACACUGCGUGGCCAGCCCACGGCACAGCUCCUGGUUGCCCUGCUUGGGUCUGGGUGAAGCCCUUUCGUGUAAGAUCUCGAUCGUCAGCCCUCCUGGUGGCCCCACAUCACCCAGAUGCUUCAGGAGCCCGGCUCUCCAGGCUCCCCUCACCAGCGGCCGGCAGCCACACUCAGGGAUGCAGCGAUCACCACUCCGCUCCGCAGUGCUUCAGAGAGGACGCGCCAGGCUGCAGCGUUGGGUGGCAGCAGGUCGCAGGCUCGUGCUUUCUGUUAGGAGAAUCUGCCACAAGGUGUGAUGCUGGCCCCUGUGCUGGCUCGGCCACACGGUCGGGUUCAGGUCAGGUGGACGCUGGACUGACCUUCUGCAGAGAACACGCCCCACCCUGCUGCAGCCUGGGGGCCACGUGGCAGCCUUCUGAAAUGGUGUGGAUUUUUAAACUGUGUUUAUAACGUAUUCUAAUUUAUUUUGUAAGGUCCUGUUUGAAGUGCUGCUGCUACCCCUAGUUGCUCUCCCAGUUUGUAUUGCCCAUUUCCCGUGACAGUUGUACACUAAUGUUCUGUUUUAUGUCAGAAUCGAAAGUAUUUAAAGAGAUGCUAGGUCUAUUUAAUGCAGUUGUGGAACCAGCUGGAAAAAAACAAAAACAAAAACGUCGAUUGUAGAGCAGGCUGGACCCAGGAGGGAGGGCAAGUUCAUUUUGUUACAUAUGCAAUAAACUCAAAACUUUA